CUAAACAUAUCAAGUUUAAAUGAACCUAAUUAUAAUAUUUACUAUCUAAGGUAGCAUACAUUACAUGAUGCCGUCCAGCGUAAGCCGUUCUCUUAUCACCUCCUAGUUGACGCAAGCGAGACAGGUAUAUUGCGAAAUAUCCGCGGCCAGUGCUGCAAAAUGCGGGCCUAAAAGUUAAACGCGGGGUCGCAGCGAAGGCGAGAAUGUGUAGCGUUGAGGACGGGCCACGGGAUUUUAAUAAGAAACAAAUUAACAAGCAGCCCGCCUGCAAAACCAGCAAAAGCGCGUACUUAGUGCUGUUUAAUGUGUCCUACUUAAGUGCGAUUAGCCAGUGUUUGUGGUCCCGGUUGCGCGUGUGUUGUUUUUGUGCCGGCAAACAAGUAAAUUAAACCGAAAUUUGUUUUUUCCCCAAACCGAACUGCACAAAAGUGACAAAUAAUCCGUGGCCUGCAUCUGCCAGCGCGGGAGGGGGGGCGGCCAGAUAAAGAAAGAGCGAAAUUCGCUGUUGAUUAACUUUCGGGAAAACCAAACCGAAGGCUCGUCGUCUCGUUUGCAUUUGUUUAUGUUUUUACAACGAUUUGUUCUUGUGGUGUUGCUAAUAAUAUAAGAGGAGAGUAAAAGUGAAAACAGGCUAGCAACGUUGCUGCUGCUGCUGCGGUAGUAGUAGUUGUUGUUGUUGGUGGUGUACGUGCAGAAACCGAAACAGAGACACAUCCCUCCUCGUCCCCCCGCCACGUCCCUCUUCGCAGGAGGUGGGAAGGGAAGAGUGAAUGGUCGCUGACGUUGUUUUUGUGUGACACACAACACACACCGAGGAGAAGAAGAAACACGCGGCGCUGCUGGCGGCGGCGGCGGCGGCCACACACGCUUCCAUUACAUCCAAAAGGGCGGGAAGCAGCAGGCUGAAGAAGGUUUCUCUUCGCUCUCUCGUUCUGUGCGUUUGCGCCUGCCGCUUGUUCGGAAAUGUCGAGGGGGGGCGAACAUAAGCGUGUCUCUCUUACUUCAAUCAUCCAGAGCGAAUCGGUAUUCUCGAGAUUCGGCGGCGGCGGCAACAUCUUGGAGCCGGAGGUGCCGGCCGUCCAAAACAAGCCAACAAAGACAACGAAAAGCAUUCGCAUCAAUCUCAAGCUCUUCGAGACGGACACCGUCAACUAUCCAGAGUUUAAUUAUUCGAAACUUUUGUAUUUGGAGAAGAAAAAGGCCAAGAAGCUUAAGCUAAAGACUGGCAACGGUUUCAGCAGCAGCGAUCCGUUUGCCGACAACGAUGAUGACGUUCAGCGCAUUGCCAAAGAGCUGGAGGCCAAAUAUGGCAACGCCUAUGCCAAGGGCCGUGGGCGCAGCAGAAGGGACGAUCAUCGUGACAUUGGCGUGGGCUACGAUGACACCGACUCCUUCAUUGAUAAUUCCGAAGCGUACGACGAAAUCAUACCCGAGGAGGUGGAGACGCUCGAGGGUGGCUUCUACAUCAAUUGCGGUGCCUUGGAGUUCAAACCAUUAACCAAGACCAAAUCCUACACCACUCGAACGGAUGCGAUCAUCAAAAUGCCAGAGAGAUCGCGCAAGCGCAUCGUCUCCUCGGCUUCCGAUAGUUCGUCUUCGUCCUCGUCCUCCUCGUCGUCGUCUGGCGAGGAUAAUGGCAACGAGAACAAUGGAUCAGAUGGUGAUGGCUCAUCAGAUAGCGACUCGAAUAGCGAAUCGAAUAGCGAUGACGAUGAUGAUGAGGAUGACGAUGAUGAGGAGGACUCCGAUAGCGAGAGCCUGGACGAUGGCGACUCUGCCAACACAGCAAAGUCCAACACCAAUGAAAUGUACAAAGAAAAUCAUAAGGCAAAGAGAGCCAAGAUCAGCUCCGGCGUUGGGGAUGAGCCAACCAAGUCAAAAUCAAAGUCAAAGUCCAGUGGUUCUGGCUCCAGCACCACCAGCACCAGCACCAGUAAGCCCACCAAAACGCUGACAGUGACCUCCUCCUCGUCGAACUCGCCGCGACCCAAUGCCGUGGAUAAUUCCGAUUCGGAGGUGCGUCAGGCCCAGGCGCAGGCCCUGAAGAAGGUGGUGAAGACAACCACCGUCAAGGACAUGCUCAAGGCCAAAAGGGAUAGCUUCCUUAAAUCGCAGAGCGGCACAGCAUCGGUCACAGGUCCUGUCGUCAAUGGCGAACUGAAGUGCCAUUCCACGGAUGACUUGGAGAGCAGCUGUGACACCGACUCUGUGCCCGAUCAGGCCGCCAUGACGGAUAAAACAGCCAAGGGUCAGGGCCAAGGUCAAGGCCAAGGCCAAGCUGGUGAAAAUCUGCGAACGGCUGACACGCAGCUACCGACAUCCCUGGAUGCGGAUAUACUGAAGGCCGUCAACAGUUUCAAGGAAGCGGUGCAAAGCCGCGACAUGUGCGGCAAAAAGUUCACGCUGGACAGCAAUUUGAGCGCCCUGCUUCUAAAGGUGUACGAGGCAUUGCUGUGCACGGAUCGGAACGAGCGGAAUAUGGUCUUCUCCCACAUUGAGUAUCAGCUGCAGCUGCCCAAAUACUAUAUACUGCGCAAGGGCAAGGCCAUGCGCUCCAAGGAGGAGAGGAACAAGACAAACAUUGCCCUGGACAGACUGCGGCGUGCAGUGUCCGAGUCCAUGCCCAAGGCCAUAGCCAGCUACGAAGUGGAGCUGCAUCACUUUGCAGAGCAGGCGGCGGCGGAUGUUAACUCGGAGGUGCCGCCCAAGAUGCCGCGCAAGAAGUUCCAGUGGACCACCGAGCUGCGAAGCCAUUUGUACAGCGUCUAUCAGGCACGCUGGACCUCCUAUGCUGUGCUCGGCAAGCGCAAGGACUCGCUGGAGGACUUCAUCAGUGGUUAUCUGCAGUCAAAGGUUAUGGAACUGUGGCCCAUGGGCUGGAUGCGCUACGAUGAGCUGCAGCGUGAAAUCACCCGCCAAAAGAACUCCAGCAGAAGGUCUGCAGAUAAGACAAAGAUACAAGCGAAAUCAACUGCCGUUGCCGCUGUUGCUGCUGCGCCGGCUGCUGCCACACCAGAGGCACUGGCGCCGCAGGCGAAUAAUUAUCCAAGACAAGUGGAAGAGUUGCCGCCAGGAGCAGGACCAAGUCGCUCGCGUGGCAACUCGGACACGGACUCAGCUACAAGUGCCUCAUCCAAUAGCCUGAAGCGCAAGCUCAAAGAGCAGCCAACCGGCAAAACCAGCAGGCCACCGAAAAUAAAAAUGGCAAAGCACCAACAGCCGCUCCAGCAGCAGCAGCAGCCCCCACCUCAAAUCCAGGUGACGCCGGCUGCAGCACCUGUGAAUGCUGCUGCUGCUGCUGCAGCUGGGAAUCUGGAGAACCUUUUAUGCAUGCCCAGUACAUCGGCCCAGGCGGCUGCCUUCGCGGGAAUGCUUGGCGAUUUUGCUGCAUCCAGCAGGAAUCAAUCGGACCAACACCAGAGCAUGUACAAUCUCAUAACAGCAGCAACGCUGGCAGCUGCUGCCGUCAAUCCUAGCGUCACGACAAUCAACACACAUUCCAAGGUGAUCAGACCAUCGCCGCAUGUCAUCAAUUUGGAUGACUACAAGUGUCCCAGCGAUAUACUGCAGACAUCGAAGCAGCUGGCUGCACAUUCCGCCACCAUUAACAUCACGCCCCAGCCCACUCCAAAUUCUGCAGUAAAUUUGGAGAGCAGCAGCGAAUCGGAUGGCGUUGAGAUUGUCGGUGUCUAUCCUGCCGGAGCGAUGGCGAUGACAACUGUGACAGCGACAGCGACAGCCAAGGCGCACACCUCCUCCAAAACAAAGACAAAGACUCAAAGCAAGGCAAAGACUGCCUCGGGCACAGGCACAGCGGGGAAGGCCAAUGGAGCAGCAGCAGUACUGGGCUUCCAGGCGAACAACAUGUAUAUCUAUAAUCACAAGAACAACAACAACAACAACAAUCAUCAUCAUAAUCACACUGCCAAAGUGGGCUUGGGGAUGGCAAUGGGUCAGCAGCAGCAUGUCUACGAUCUCAGCAGCAACGCCCAAGUAAUGAAGACAUUGUCCGAUCUGAAAACGUUCGAGAAGCAAUUGGCACUGCAAAACAAUUGGCAAAAGCAGUUUAGCGUCUCACCAAGCGGCGUCAUGAAAGGUGGAAAUGUUGGCGGAACUGGUGCUGGUGCAGGAACGUCAUCGCAUCAAUGACCCAUGCUAAAUGCCGCACAGCCAUCGAAGGCACCAGUGUCGGCAUUCUACAAUCACGAGGCGAUGGCAGCUGCCCUCGUCCUCUCCUCAAUGAGCUCCUUGGCCAGCUAUGAUAAUCAGUAUGGCCUACUCAAUGGCGGUGGCUCCGUGGCGGUGCCAGUGCCAGUGCCCGUGCCCGUCUCUGUGCCCAGUAGUUCACAUCAUGGGGGUUCCGGUUCCGUCCCACUAACCCAUACACUGCCACAAGUAUUUGUAAAGCCCUCCCCGCCUACAGCUGCCAGCGAGGCAGCCAGCAGCAGCAGCAGAAGCACCACCACCACCACCACAUCCAUCUUACAACAACUGCCAACGAAGUUCGUUUAGCAUAAGUCCCUAGUCCCUCCUCUACCAUCGGAUAUUGUCCGGGAUUCGUUGGGUAAUUCAUCAUCUGUGCUGUGCAGGUUUCAUAAAACAUUAGACAGCAGUGGUGAGAGUGAUCCUCCCCCGAAUCCUCGGUCGAAUGCCGUCUGUGUGUGUUCGUUUUCGCCUUUUCUUUUCAUAAAAUUAUACAUACAUUCAUCAACCAAUCAAACCAAUCAACAUUUAGACGUCUAAGUAAAAAAGAAAUUAGUCGAGUGAGUCGUGUGUGUAAUUUGUACUUUGCAAGCAUUAAAUAAGCAUAAUUCGGAUCUAGUUAUUUAUAGCGAACCAUUUUUUAUUAAAUAAAGGAGACACAAAAUAAGUUAUGUAAAAACAAAACCA